AUGGCCUCUGCCCAGAAGAAGCAACAGACGAUAUCCUCCUUCUUCAAGAGACCCUCUUCAACUCCUACCCCCAAAUCUCGAUUGCAGAUCUCUCCACAGGAGGAGGAAGAUAAUGAUGAUGAUGAUGAAUUAGUAUUACCUAGGCCGAAGAGACGCCGCAUCACCCCCGCCACAGAAGCCGCAGAUGAGACUAGAGCUGUAGAGGAGGAGGAAAGUGAGGAACCUGCUAUACCGCUGAGGCCUGUCGUUGCCAAUGGACAGACACUCGCCACAACCACAACCGAAUCUGGGGCAUCAACGAGGACAGCGAAAUAUUUCUAUUCUUCCUCCCCUCAACAGGAAAACCAGGAUGCCGACGCGAUUAGCGAUGUAGAGAAAAGGCGAAGAGAUGAGCUACACCGAAAGUUUGUUAAGAAGCUGGGCAAGCCAGACAGUAUCGCUGAAAUAAAGCGGCGAAACCGACUACUCGAAGACGAUGCCGCGGACGAGGAACAUGAGGAUGGAGAGGAAGAGCCUGUCGACGAGGCACCGAAAUCGACUACUCGAGCCAAGAAAAGUGGGAGUAAGUUGACACCUAUGGAAAAGCAAGUGUUAGAGAUCAAGAGAGCGCACAUGGACACCUUGCUUGUGGUUGAAGUGGGUUAUAAAUUCCGAUUCUUUGGCGAAGAUGCAAGAAUUGCGGCCAAAGAACUCAGUAUCGUUUGCAUCCCGGGGAAAUAUCGAUAUGAUGAACAUCCAUCGGAGGCGCACCUGGACCGUUUUGCAUCCGCAAGUAUUCCAGUCCAUCGGUUGCAUGUGCAUGUCAAGAGAUUGGUUGCCGCUGGACAUAAAGUGGGCGUUGUUCGACAACUUGAGACUGCAGCGUUGAAGGCCGUUGGCGAUAACAGGAAUGCCCCUUUUGUGAGGAAGCUCACGAAUCUGUACACAAAGGGCACUUAUAUCGAUGAUAUUGAAGGCAUCGAAGGCGAUGGUCAAGGAACCGCUGCCCCAAAGUCUGCAUCUACCGGAUUUUUGCUAUGCAUGACAGAGGUCAACAUCAAAGGCUCCGGCAAUGACGAAAAAGUCCACGUCGGUCUAGUAGCGGUUCAACCUGCUACAGGAGAUAUUGUGUACGAUGACUUUGAAGAUGGUUUUAUGCGGAGCGAGAUUGAGACCAGACUGCUCCACAUUGCGCCCUGCGAAUUCCUUAUUGUUGGCGAGCUCUCCAAGGCGACAGAGAAGCUUGUUACUCAUCUGUCUGGGAGCAAGACAAACGUGUUCGGCGAUAAGAUUCGAGUUGAGCGAGUCGCAAAAAAGAAAACAAUGGCCGCUGAAGCACACACUCACAUAUCGAGUUUUUAUGCUGAAAGGCUCAAAGACUCCCGAUCAGAGGGAGAGAUGGCCGCCAAAAUUUUUGACAAGAUCAUGGGUUUGCCGGAAAACGUAUCCAUCUGCCUCUCAGCAAUGAUCAACCACUUGUCCGAAUAUGGCCUCGAGCAUGUCUUCCAACUCACCAAAUAUUUUCAGCCUUUUUCCGCUCGAUCACAUAUGUUACUCAAUGGAAACACAUUGACAAGUCUCGAGAUCUACUUGAAUCAGACAGACCAUUCUACAAAAGGUAGCCUGUACUGGAUGAUGGAUCGAACGCAGACGAAAUUCGGAGGCAGGCUGCUGCGCAAGUGGGUUGGACGGCCGCUGUUGGAUAUACAAAGCAUCGAAAACCGACUGAAUGCUGUGGAGGAGCUGCUCAAUCCAGACAAUGCCCCCCAGGCCGAAAAAUUGAGACGGGUGUUGUCGAAGAUUAGAACCGAUCUAGAGAAAAGCCUCAUUCGGAUCUAUUACGGCAAGUGUACAAGACCAGAGCUGUUGAAUGUUCUUCAGUCGCUCCAGAUGUUGGCGACCGAAUUUGCCUAUGCGACGGAUGCGACAUCUACCGGUUUCGUCUCGGACCUGAUCUCAUCUGCAAUGGUCUCCCUCCCGUUAAUUCUGACAGAGGUCGUGGGAUAUCUGGACAAGAUCAAUCUUCAAGCUGCCAAAUCCGACGACAAGUACACCUUCUUCCAGGACGCCUCAGAGACUGAAGCCAUUUCCGAGCACAAAUUCGGCAUUGCCGCCGUUGAGCAUGAUCUCGACCAGUUUCGAUCGACUGCCGCCGAGAAACUAGGCAAGAGGAACCCAGUUGACUACGUGACUGUGGCAGGCAUCGAAUACUUGAUCGAAGUUGAGAACAACUCUCCCACGAUCAAGAAAGUCCCGGCGUCCUGGAUAAAGGUCUCGGGAACCAAAAAGAUGUCUAGAUUUCAUCCCCCGGAAGUUGUCAAGCUUUUGCGAGAAAGGGACCAGCACAAGGAGUCUCUUGCAGCUGCUUGUGAUAAAGCUUUCCGGGACCUGCUAUCCGACAUCAGCACGAAGUAUCAACUUUUUCGCGACACAAUCCAAAGCCUUGCAACUCUAGACUGCCUGUUGUCAUUGGCAAAUGUGGCAUCUCAGCCAGGAUACGUCCGUCCGAUUUUCGCAUCCGACACUCGAAUCGAAGUUCAGGGUGCGCGGCACCCAAUGGUCGAGCAACUUCUGAUCGAUUCUUACGUGCCCAAUAACAUCUCCAUAUCUCAAGCCUCCACGCGAGCUCUACUCGUAACAGGGCCUAACAUGGGCGGGAAAUCCUCCUACGUCCGGUCUGUGGCCCUCAUCUCCAUCAUGGCACAAAUCGGGUCUUUUGUCCCAGCGGCGUCCACAACCUUGGGAAUCCUCGAUGCGGUCUUCACCCGCAUGGGCGCGUUUGACAACAUGAUGUCUGGCGAGUCAACAUUCAUGGUCGAACUCAGCGAGACGAGCGACAUUUUGAAACUCGCCACAGAUCGCAGUCUGGUGGUGCUGGAUGAAUUGGGCAGGGGAACGAGCACGCAUGAUGGAGUCGCCAUUGCCGCAUCUGUGCUGGACUAUCUCGUGAGAGAACGGAAGUGCUUGACGCUAUUUAUUACGCAUUAUCAAAUGCUGGCACGCAUGGCAGAUGGGUUUCCCAAUGGAGAACUCAAGAACGUUCACAUGCGUUUUACUGAGACGGAUGAUGAGAACGUCACGUUUCUCUAUGAAGUGGGUGAAGGAGUGGCGCAUCGCAGCUACGGAUUGAAUGUGGCGAGGCUGGCAAAUUUGGGUGAGAACGUGAUUGAAGUGGCGAGGGAGAAAAGUCGAGAGUUAGAAGAGACGACGAGACAGCGGCAGUUGAGCGGCAUUGCAAGGGCGCUGGUGCAAGGGGCAAGCGGGAGUGGACACAAGAGGAAAGUGGCAGGGGAGAGCCUGGAUAUGUUGGUGGAGGGCAUUGAGAUGCUUUAA